AUGUGGCACAAUUCAGAAUCAGUUUUGCCUGUUACAGAGCGAAAACGCCCUGCUUCUGAAGAAGAUCGCGCCAUUUCUCCGCCGCCAUUGAAGCGCAGAGCCCAGGCUGCUAUCUCAACGAAGGACAUCUAUCGCAAGCCGCGACCUGGCAUGUGGAACGAAAUGAAGGAGGACUAUGAUUUAUCAGACUCCGAUAUUGACUUUGAGAAUAGUAUUUUCGUUGGAGAUGCCGGUGGCCGAAUUGUUGAUGCCAAGGGUCCCGGUUCUUCUCAGAGAGAUUUCAGUUGCUCGGAUCGAAACUUUGCCCACAACGUCGGCAUCAAAUUUCAAACCCCAGAGGAAUUCUUCUUGGGAGCACAACCUCGCCAAUUUUCUCGUGAACUUGACUUAGCGGACUUUCCUUUCACCAGGACGGGCCGACAUGAUGUUGUGGUGGAGAAGAAGAAUGACAAGGAUAUCAUCUUGCUAGUCGGCCCUCCUGGAGCUGGCAAGAGCACAUUUUACUGGAAACACCUUAAACCUCUAGGUUACGAAAGAAUCAACCAGGAUCUCCUUAAGAGCAAAGACAAGUGCUUGAAAGCAGCCGCAGAAUCCCUACAAGGAGGAGACUCUGUUGUUGUUGACAACACAAACCCCGAUUCGGAAACUCGGGCACAGUGGGUUGCUUUAGCGCGCAAGCAUGGAGUGCCCAUCCGAUGUGUCUGGUUGAAGACCCCGCUCCCUCUGUGCGAACAUAAUGAUGCCGUUCGUGCGUUCAACAAACAAUUAAACCCCGAAAACCGUCAAAGUCUUCCCAAGCUUGCUUUUAACAGUUUUGUAUCGCGGUUUAAAGAGCCAACUAUUGCUGAAGGCUUUCAAGAAGUCAUCCCGAUCGAGUUCCGGUUUCAAGGCACAGAAGAAGAGUACAAAGUUUGGAGUCGGUACUGGGUGUGA